AUGGCUUUGAGCCUUCGUGAUGCGCCUUCCUGCACCCUAGACUGGUUCAACGAGAAUGAGAUUCAUAUAUCAUGGACCCCAAUUCCUAGCGAGGCCACAGAAGCAAUCACUUACACAGUAGAAGUGACGAAAGACAAUGGCCACUGGUGGCGGCCUGUGGCGAGCCAGUUAUCAGAACACGAGUAUUCGAUUCCUGUUGAGCUGGCUGACCCUCUCUAUCCCUUGCAGAUCCGUGUACUGGCCGAAAACAGCCUCGGACAAGGUCCAGCUUCGACGCCUGCCCUAAGAGUGCCUAUCCGUGCCUGCUUGCCCGUCAUGCCAAUGGUCAAGCCGACCAUCACUGAGGAGGAUGCCACUUCGGUACGUAUCAGCUGGCAGGCAGCCUGCCCCACUCAAUCGACUACGGCAGUAUCGCGCAUGCAAGUCUGGAGUGACGGAUCGAAGGAUUGGGAGGAAAUGAGUCCACUCAAGCUUCUCGGCCGCAUACGCUACAAGUUGGAAGUCCGUGAGUCUGUCGAUAUGGACUGGCGCUGCAUAGCCUCAGACCUUGACGACCGCGAAUACGUGUAUCACUUGCGCCCCGGUGUGACCACCAUGGUGCGCGUGUGUGCCAUCAACCGGUAUGGCACUUCUGAGGCGAGUCCCGCUGCCAUAAUUAGUCUGAAUAUAGGUCGCUUGAUCCCAGACCUCUCAAUUGAUCCGCCAUGGGUCACUGUGAUCAGGUCUACGUCGAUCCUUGCAAACAUGGCACCAACGCCAAAGUCAGCAGCAGUUGAAGCUGCUAAGGCCCGACGGAGACUCGAAUCAGCCGAAGAAUCACCCAAUGUCCACAAAUAUCCGAGUCCAGCCGGUUUACUGUUGCACUGGAAACCGGCUUACAUGCCUGACUUUUGUGCUGCCUGUGUUGCUGGGCUUGAACCAGUGUACAGUGUUGAGUGGCGGCGUGGAAGGACUGGACAGUGGCAAAUGAUCGUCGACGAUCUGGAAGACAUUACCAGUUUCAGACUUCCUAACGAAGUGGUACACGCGGUCGCGGAAGGUGACGACGGCCUUGAGUGGUCGAAGGAGCUUUCCGGAAACCGAGAGCCUUUCCGCUCUGCGCUGUACCAGGGCUCGCACCAUCACCUACAGCCCGUCGAGGUUCGUGUGUCAUGCAGGAACGCCUAUGGAAAUAGUGGCCCUACACGAGCCUGCCGACUGUCGCCAUCGCAACUAUUAGCUGGUACUCAUCGCCCUUCACUCACGAAUUGCUUCAUACCACCAGUUUCCGGAGAGCUGGAAGCAAGCGCGGCAACUGGAAGCACAUUAUCAACCACGACGCCUAGUGACAUGUACUCAGACUUGCCUGUACUUCAGCUGCCCAGUUCUCUGACUCGCUUAAAGGUCAAUGUCACCUCUAUUAGCAUGGAAGAUGGCUGCAGCCUCGAAUGGCAGCCCUACCUGACUACAGGCCUUGCCAACAGUACGGGACCAAAAAAGACUAAUAACUUCAAGCACCGUAGAUAUAGACUCGAAAAAUUCCUGUGCUUGGUACCGAGUUCUUUGAAUUCCGAGUACUCUGAAGAUGCCUACAAUCCACUGGCUGACCAGGCGAACUGGAACAUUCACAGCCGUACAGAGGGCCUUAUUUUUGGUGAGAACUUCGUCCUAGACAUAAAACCCGAGGACUCUCAGGAGCAGUUAUUCCGCUUGCUGGCUUGGACUCAGCGACCGGAGGAUGGUCAACCGGCCUGGCAGGACGCCUAUGAAUAUAUUCGAGUGCCAUCGCGUCUCAGUCUCCGACCACAGGCCCCUUGUUCUGUCACCGUAACCAGCGUCCAGGCGGCUGGGACGAAUGGAAAUCCAGGAUUACGCGUUUCGUGGACUCCGUCUGAGCAGCACAUGUUGAUCCGUCCACCAGAUGGAACUUUGAAGUCUGAUAUUGGCACUACUGGUGAUGAAAUCAUGUACAGCGAAGUAGAAUCAUUCAAACGGAAUAUCGAGGCUGCUGCAGCAGCGGUCACCUACCGUGUGGAGGCACGCAGCUUACAGACUACAAAGUCUAGUUGGCGUCAAGUUGCUAUGGUGACGAGAGGAGUUACCAGUGUACUUGAUCGGCAUGCCCAACCGGGCGUACGUCUAAUCUACAGGGUUACACCCAUAAACGGAUUUGGAGAUGGACCCAGUACAGAGUCACAGAUAAUCUUCCCACCGCCAGCAUUCGCCAGUCUCAACAGGUUGAUACAAAUUGAAUAA